CCUGAGCGCUGCGCCGCUCCCUGAGAGUGACUUGGGGAAAGGCUCCCAUCUGCCGCCGCCUAUAGCCCAGGAAAGUUCCUGCCCCGGCUCUCAGUUCCCUGCCCAAGCUCUCAGUACAGCAGCCAGGGAGGACUGCGUGCCCUGGGAUUGGCAGGGGGGAGGCUGCUGCCCCUCUCUCCUGCACUGGGACUGUGCCAGGCUCAGCAAAAAGAAAGCGCUGAGUAAGGAAGACAGAAGCUGGAGCAGCCUAGCAGCAGCAGCAGCGGCGAGUCCCGACACGGCGUCCCUCCUGCCUGUGCCAAAGCUCCGGCUACACGACUUCUGCACCGGGCACGGGUGUGCGGCUGAGGCGCACUCAGGGUGCAGCGCUGGAGUGAGCAGACGUGACCAGUAUGGCCGGAGAGCUGCCCAUUGGCACAGAUUUACCCACCAGCCCACUGGCCAUGGAGUAUGUCAAUGACUUUGAUUUGAUGAAGUUUGAUGUCAAGAAAGAGCCACUGAACGGCAGAGCAGAGCGCCCCAUACGCCAGUGCAACCGGCUGCAGCCCACCGGCUCCGUCUCCUCCACCCCCAUCAGCACACCGUGCAGCUCCGUGCCCUCUUCCCCCAGCUUCAGCCCGACGGAGCAGAAGACCCACCUGGAGGAUCUCUACUGGAUGGCGAACAGCUACCAGCAGGUCAACCCCGAGGCGCUCAACCUCACCCCUGAGGACGCCGUGGAAGCUCUCAUAGGACCCCACCAGCUGCCACCACAGCUGCAAGGGUUUGAGAGCUUCAGGGGCCACCACCACGGCCACCAUCACCAUCACAGCCACCACCACCAAAACCCCCACCAGUACCAGAACUUGCCCCAUGAGGAGUUGAUGCACCCUCAACAGCACCCACACCACCACCACCAUCACCACCACCACCCCCAGGAUUCCCCAUCCCCAUCCAGCUCCUCCACCUCUUCCCAGCAGCUGCAGAACAGCCACCAGCAACACCAGUCCAACAACCAGAUAGAGGACAGGUUCUCCGACGACCAGCUGGUCUCCAUGUCUGUCCGGGAGCUUAACAGGCACCUGAGGGGCUUCACCAAGGACGAUGUCAUCCGCCUGAAACAGAAGAGAAGAACCCUGAAGAACAGGGGGUACGCCCAGUCGUGCAGGUACAAGAGGGUGCAGCAGAAGCACCACCUGGAGAACGAGAAGACGCAGCUUAUCCAGCAGGUGGAACAGCUGAAGCAGGAGGUGACCCGCCUGGUCAGGGAGCGAGAUGCCUACAAGAUGAAGUGCGAGAAACUGACCACCAGCAGCUUCAGGGAAGCCGGCUCCACCAGCGACAACCCCUCGUCCCCGGAGUUCUUCAUGUGAGUCUCCCUGUGGCCUCUCCAGCCCGAACUCUGCGCAGAGGGGGCUGCAUUGCCAGACGAGCUGAGUGCCCACUCUUUGUACACUUGUCUCCUGGGAGGGGGGGGGGGAGGUAGGGGGAUCAUGGGUGCACCCGAGAACGUGAGACUAUGCUACUCUGCUGGAUACUGUUUUGGGGGGGGUGGCACCAGCUUUUUUUUUUUUUUUUUUUUUUAAUGUGGGUAGGGUGCAAGGUAAGGGAAAGAUGGGAGAUGACUUUGGCAAUGGUUUGGUUUGAUAAUGCCAUCCAGGACUCUCUCGGACAAUAACACUGCCACUACGGAAGGAGAGACAAAAAAGUAGCAAACUUUGCAGACAGAUUUUUCCUAUAAAUCAGCUUUGGGUGAUAGAAAACAAAGACAACUGAGAUUGAUCAGGUGGGACAUUAAGUGCACCCUUAUCCCUCGUGGUUUUAUUGCCUGCUUGUUAUCUAGAAAAUAUAAAAAAAAUCUGCAUUAAAAAUAUUAAUCCUGCAUGCUGGACAUGUAUGGUAAUACUUUCUAUUUUGUACCAUUAUCUUGUUUAACCUGAGCAUGCUUUCCCUUGGCUCAUACCUCAGACUGUCAUUAGUUCUGUUGUUUUAGGUGUACCUGUCUGUCGCUAGAUGCCUAACCUGUAAAUAUAAAGCCACUUUCACCUAUCUUCACCAUCUCACAUGGUUAGUGUAAGUACUUUUCUCAUAAGUAGACAUUGUGGGCAUUUUCUUUCACUGUGUAAAGAACAAAGUUUUGUCCAUGUGGCACACCUAACAUUUUGCCCUCUACUUUUUGUUGCUAAAUUUUGUUAUUAUGAUGUCUCAUUUUUAAGCAAGCACAACUGAAUGAAAACUCAGUUUUCCCAUUUAUGGAGGUGUCUAUAUGGUUGGUGGUGAUUUAUGAGAAGUUAUUAUUGACCCUGGGCUAGUAUUUUAUAUAUAUAUAUAUAUAUAUAUAUAUAUAUAUAUAUAUAUAUAUAUAUAGGUAGAUAUAACUAUAAAUAAUUUAUAGUGUGCUCAAAGCAAUUGGCUAGAAUCAGGGUAUUACACUUUACGCACCAGAGUGACCUGCUGUAUAAUACCAUACAUUCCAGCUUUCCUCGCAAGGCUAAUUUGGUAUUAUUCCCCCAAAAUACAGUAGAAACUAUAUUAUUUCCCCUUAACGUAAGGCACCAGUAUCUGAGUUUAAUUCUUGCUGACACCAGGAUUGUGCAAAACUGCUAUAACAUACUCUCUAAGGACAAAAGCAAGGCUAUGUUCUGACAGCUUAAAUGGUGACUUAUAUAGAUACUAAAUGCUUUCUAUCAACUCUGGUAUUAAGCGUUUAUGUUCUCUUACUUAUUUGCUAGUACACCUCCUGCUCAGUUUAUUUAUAAAUAUAUGUAUGUAGCCGUUAUUUGCAGCCGGUUGCUGUGCAGUUUCAUUUAUUUUCUGCAGGUCAGUAAAAGUUAAGUGAUGCUUUGGGAUCACAGCAUACCAAAUUAAGAGAAAAAAACAAACAUUUUUUUAUAUAUGUUUUUUUUUUUGGUUUGUUUUAUGUUCCUUUCAAAUUUUUGCACUGCUGGUGCAGAUGCAUUUUAAUUUUUGUUUAUAAAUUAAUGGUAGUAAACAGGAUUAUAUAGACAGCAUGAUGCUUACAGUUAUAAAAUACUGAGGAUCUUUUGUCAAUGCAUCAGUAAUGAUCUGUAGGGGUUAUAUUACUUUCCUUUUUUCCUGAUUCAACUGUGUUGAAAUCACGUCUCUAGCAACAUGAUGUUUUUAUUUCAUGUAGAUUCUGAAGGGAUGAAUUUCAACCCCUGCUUCUGAUAAUAUGAAAAAAGACGAAAGUUCAAACCUGGUCUAUUGUAGUUUUAUUCAGACUGGUUUCUGUUUUUUUGUUAAUAAAAUUGUUUCCUAUUUUGCUUAUUAAAAAUCAUUGAAAUGGC